GCUUUUCUGUAAUACGAGUCAGAGCAUGAUCGGUCUAUGCUAAGAGCAGCAUCAACUCUUAUCCCUCCACGUCGAUUAAAUCAUGGCACUUUUAAAACAUUUUUCAUUCCCAUCCACGAAAACGCGUCGAUCGUAUCUCGUAGCUAUCGGAAACAUAUUCUGGUCAUGUUUCAUGUAGGUUUCUAACAUUUCAUUUGGCGACCUUGAGCGCAUACUUCCUGGACAAUACACCACUGAUUUUCCGGCCACCCAACUGCCCUGGUGGCGUGGAACAUCAUGUCAACUUUUCGCGGCAACAAUCCCGGAAACGAGAUUAUCGGCAAUAGUAGUUACACUGAUGCAUUCAAGACGAUGAUGCGAGUUGGAGGCGGCUGGGGGACAGUUAGUGGUCCAGGCUUGUUCAUGGUCCGCGUCAUAAUUUCCGGCACCGUUGCAUCGGUGUUUAUGGGCAUGACUGGUGCUACAAUCGGCGCCAUGAUAUUCGACACGGCAACCGUCCCGUUCGUCGCUUCCGCAUGUACGGGGUUCGUGCUCGGGACCUUGGGUUUCUACCGGGACGCCGUUCGCAAAUCCCUCCGCAGCCUCGAUCGGUAUCCUCGCCUGUUGCAAUUACAUCUGGACGCGAACUUCCCACAUCGUGGUUUCGAGACAUGGCCAGCCAGCCGCUUCAGAAGUUCCGAGUUUCGGCAAAGCUGGGUAUUGCGAAGUAUGUUGGUCGCCAGUUGGUUGACAGCGACACAUGCAAUUGAUCGAAUCUUGGAGGCCGAGGAGGAAGGUAUCCUGGCACCUUUUACGAAAUCAGCCCUCGAACCAGAGAUAGAGGUUGCAGAUUCUAGCACCAAGCACUCAUAAUGUGUAUAUGAGCUUGAAGGAGCCCAUAGUCAUGUAUAUACAAGCAAGCAACACGGAUGUCCCUCUGUUAUGAAGCCUUUGUUCCGACAAGCCGACUGAUCGGUAACAUAUAGGGCAGGGGUCAAAAACUUUCUAUACGAUUGAGGCUUUUCUCUGUAGGUACCGGAUGAGGUCUCGAUCGGCUUAGUCUGAGGGCUCGAGGCUAAACGUUGUUCGCCACAAACAAGCGCUCUUUCAGAUACACUACGAAAAGGACAAAAGAAUCACUACGGGAAAUAGGACUAUUACAGCAGGAGUGUUUGAAACUAGUGAAAGGUCUGGCGUGGGAAAGAACGUUGUAAAGACGCG